CGAUUCUCGUAGCUCUGCAUCACACGCGCCUACAAACUCUUUUUUCUUCUUUAUUUUUUGAUCCCAACUCCCACUACCAAACCACCGCAUAUCUCAGAAUCCCCCAUAGCCCGUCUCAAUGGACUACCAAAACCGCGCAGGCUCCAAAUUCGGCGGCGGCGGUGUCGCCUCGCACUCCGCCACCAACGCCGACCGCCGCGAACGCCUCCGCAAGCUCGCCCUCGAGACAAUCGACCUCGACAAGGACCCCUACUUCUUCAAGAACCACGUCGGCUCCUUCGAGUGUCGCCUCUGCCUGACCGUCCACCAAAACGACGGCUCCUACCUCGCCCACACCCAGGGGAAGAAACACCAGACCAACCUCGCCCGCCGCGCCGCCCGCGAGCAGAAGGAGGGCAAGCAGAACAUCGACCCUGCCACGGGGCUGCCCGCCAGCGUCGCCGCCGGCCUCAACGCGCGUCGUAAUAUUGUCAAGAUUGGCCGCCCGGGUUACAAGAUUACAAAGAUUCGUGACCCUGUGACGCGACAGCAGGGUUUGCUCUUUCAGCUGCAGUAUCCCGAUGCUACGCCUGAGCUGGCGCCCAAGUGGCAGGUCAUGAACGCUUUUACGCAGCGCGCCGAAGAGCCCGACAAAAAUUUUCAGUAUUUGGUUGUUGCCGCCGAGCCGUACGAGAGUGUGGGGUUCAAGAUUCCUGCGCGAGAGCUGGAUAAGCGAGAGGAUAAGCAGUUUUGCUUCUGGGACCCGGACUCAAAGGAGUAUUGGAUUCAAGUCAUGUUCAUGACGGAGCGUGAGGAGCGCUUCAAUGCUGCUCCUGGUUUGACGGCCAGGAGAUGAAUUGCUUGACAAGGGAGGAGGGACAGAAGAUAAUCAUCAUCGGGCUUCGUAGAGAUGUUGUCUGAUGAUCGCCAGAGCGACGGCUUUUGAUACCCAAGAAGGACGGAAAGACCUUUGUACAGCCCCGUCCUUGGUGGCGCUCACAGCGCGAACGCGGUGGGAUACUUAGCACACAACGAGAUUACAACUC